AUGGCGAAUUAUGGAGUUAAGGCGAAAUCUACGCAGUGCAGGGGCCGCACUCGCGGCUCCGGGCCUUUGGGUACCGACAUACCUCAUGAAAAUGAUCACCUACAAGUAACCGAGGACGUAUCCGCUACACAUGACGCGGGACGCCUUCGGUCAUCAUCGCAAGCGUUUCUCGCGACAACGUCGGACGCAGCUUCAGCGGAAUCUGGGAGAAGUUGCGAUUCGCUGGAAAAGGGCCGUGCAACUGCAGAAGAUCUGUCAGGCGCCAAUUUGGAGGCGCCAACUGUUGAUUCGGAGUUUGACGUAAAGCUUCUGCAAUCCACACCAGAGGAGUGCUCUACGGAUGGCACCACGAACUGCGAGAUCUACGGCCCGAGCUAUCCUACGUGUGACACGGUUAAGUUACGUUUAACUUCGUGUGGAAGGGGCGACGAUGUAUCACCUGACGGCGAUAUUGCGGACGUCGAGGCUGAGCCUGACGCGCGGGAUUCCGCCACUGUAGCGGAUUCCUUCAGCGUUUCAUCUGAUACAAUCGAAAAUGUUGAUAUUGAUUGCAGCGAAUUUGGCGAUAUGGGUAGUGCUGAAUCGUACAUGAAUGAUUCCGCCGCCGCAAGCUCUUACACCAGCGACGCUGAUGACCCGGCGAAUAAAGACGCAUCAGACGACGAUAACGCGGAUGUUGACAUUGAGUGCAGCGAUAUCGAGGAGGAUUAUGGAGCGGCUUUCGGCGUCCGUACUGGUGGAGUACGUCGAGGCAUUAACUGCGCGGAUAGCUCGGAUUCCCUGGAUUGCAGUUUAGGUUACAGUGAUGAUUUCAGCGACUAUUGUGAGACAUCAACUCCAGCGUCUGUUACCAGGGUAGGCAAAGGCGGCGGAUCUCAGGUCAGCGAUGUCAGCAAAGGCGACGGAUCUCAGGUCAGCGAUGUCAGCAAAGGCGGCGGAUCCCAGGUCAGCGAUGUCAGCAAAGGCGGCGGAUCCCAGGUUAGCGAUGUCAGCAAAGGCGGCGGAUCCCAGGUUAGCGAGGCCAGCAAAGCUAGUGACGUUGGGGCUUCCAAGGUAAGGAAAGGUGAUGGUUCCCCCCUUAGCGCGGUCAAUAGUGGUGCAUCCAAACCUGCUGUUCGUGCGAAGGUGGAGCGUCGUGCUGUUAGGGGUGCCGUUGACGCAAACGGAAAAAUUCGGUCGAUAGAUUCAAACGAAUCUGUGAAAGCUGCUUACAACACCGUAGAACUCCUGUCAGAUGCAGCAUCCGCUGCGUCCGGCAUCGAGUCACCGUCGUCCGCUAAAGUAGAUCAAGGUGACACAUCGACGAUCUCUACACCUCCGGCCCGCGCAUCACGGGCUGCUGUGACCUCUCGUUCUACGGCGAAAGCAUCUUCUGGCAGCAAAGAGCAGUUUACUCCUCCCAAUCCCCUCUCAGCUAACUCUUUCUGGCGUCCCUCACUACCGCCAAACCUUGAUGUUAGUACUCCAUCCAAUCGCAAAGGCGGAGGAACACCUCGGUCCCAGGGCGCUGGCGUUCGAUCUACCAACGAUUCCAGGAAGACGCAAUCUACAUCUAACUUACGUCAGAUGACCAUCGACAGUUUCAAAAUAAAAAAACCUGAACAACAGGCUCCCGUUGUUGAGACACCCGUGGCAGCAGCAGCUUCAGCGCCCAUCAGCAAUAAGGGAGAUGACGUGACGAUUGACAGCAUCAAGCCCACAAGUAAUGAACAGCAGGCUCCCGUUGUUGAGACACCCGUGGCAGCAGCAGCUUCAGCGCCCAUCAGCAAUAAGGGAGAUGAUAUGACCGUGGACAACUUCAAUGCCGCAACUAGGGAACAACAAACUCACGUUGUUGAUACACCCGUGGCAGCAGCGGUUCCAGCGCCCAUCAGCAAUAAGGGAGAUGAUAUGACCGUGGACAGCAUCAAGCCCACAAGUAAUGAACAGCAGGCUCCCGUUGUUGAUACACCCGUGGCAGCAGCAGCUUCAGCGCCCAGCAGCAAUAAGGGAGAUGAUAUGACCGUGGACAACUUCAAUGCCGCAACUAGGGAACAACAAACUCACGUUGUUGAUACACCCGUGGCAGCAGCAGCUUCAGCGCCCAGCAGCAAUAAGGGAGAUGAUAUGAUCGUGGACAACGUCAAUGCCACAAGGACUGAACAGAAAGCUCCAGUUGUUGAGACACCGGUGGCAGUAACAGUUUCAGCGCCCAGCAGCAAUAAGGGAGAUGAUAUGAUCGUGGACAACGUCAAUGCCACAAGGACUGAACAGAAAGCUCCAGUUGUUGAGACACCGGUGGCAGUAACAGUUUCAGCGCCAGGCAACAGCAGGGGAGAUGAUAUGACCUCUGACUCGGCGAGUAGCCUCACCUCUCAGCUCGUCAAGGAGGACGUUGAACAUUACGUUGGAGGGGUAGAAAAGUACUGCAUGUGGAAUUUGAACCCUACUACAGGUGAACAUGAAUUCGACCCCGGGCCACUAGCCCUAGACUUUUAUUGCAAUGCGUGCCAGUGCGCCCUACCACUUGGCACGUUCCGGAUUCGUUGUGUUGAAUGCGUCGACUUUGAUCUUUGCAUUCCGUGCGCGUGCAAAGGGGCGGAAAAGAACGAGCACAAGAACACCCACAAGUACAUACCAAUCGCUCCGAACUCGUUUGCCAUUUUCGGUGACUGGAAUGCGGAUGCCGAGCUGCUGCUUCUGGAGGGUAUCAGUAAAUUUGGUUUCGGUAAUUGGAACCAAGUGGCCGAGAUGGUUAAUCGCAGAUGCACCAAAAACAAGUCGGCUACGGAAUGUGAGAACCACUACAACGAGUUUUACAUUCAUUCUCCGUUCAGUCCAUUUCCAGAUGUGCGUCGCAUGCGCUCUCCGGUGAAGAGUCAGGAGGCGUUCCAGCGCCUCAACAGUUUCUUCAACUUGGUGCAAAAAGCCCACAGUAAAGAGAAGCCGAGGGCGUAUAGACCAUCCGGCAACGUUGACGAGAACGUUCAUCACGUCGAUCUGAUUCCUCGUGCCGUGAACAUGAGGGCCACCGUCGGGCCGAGGCUUAAAUUCUUCCAGAACAUGAACGGCUAUAACGUGUACCGCGACGAACUGGAGAUGGAACACAACAACGACGCUGAGAGUUUGAUCAAAGACUUGGAGUUUGAACCCUGGGACACUCCCCCAGAAAUCGACUUCAAGCUUCGGCUGGUCGAGAUUUACAACUCCAUGCUGGACGAUCGCAUCUGCCACAAGCGCAUCCUAAUUCACCGGUUCUGGCACGACUACCCUGCCAGGGAGGAAGCGUUCAAAUCCAUGAACCAGAUUGAGAAGGCCGCGUACUGGCGGCUGUCGCCGCUGAUGCGCCUUCAUUCCGAGGAGGACCACAUAAAGCUGACUCGUCUCAUAGUUGCGCGCAUCGAGAUAGAGAAGCGUCUGCGGUUGGUGAGUACGUGGUUUUCGCUGGGGCUGAGGACGUUUUCCGAUGUUCAAAAUUUCGACAUGCAGAAAUUUCCCUCUGCGCACGCGGCGUACCGUAACGCGGAGCUUCAGCCCAUCGCCCGCAACCUGCUUUCCAGCGGAUCCAUUAAGGAAACUGCGCUUGACGAUUUUUCUGCGCAGCUGUGCGACCGUAUUUGCACCGACCUUUGCAUAACGAGGGACCAGGUCAACGACGUGUUGUCCGCGGUGAACAGGCUGAACGGCGGCAUGCCCAUGGUCAGGGAGCCGAGCACUUCAGUUGUGCCUACGUGGGACUACUGCUUCGACAACGGCAAGCUGGUGGACAGGAACGUGCAGCGGAUUGCUGCACCUCACAUCGCACUCGACGAGCUCCCCGACCCCAGUUGGCACCCCCGGCUGGUGCUGGAGGGCAACGGCCCCUACGCGUUGCCUCCGGUUGAUUUCACCAACAUUAGCUUCUCCCCUCUCUCAUCCUCCGCUGUGCAACAAUCGCAAGUGCUUCCGGGGAUCAAGUCGUGCUUCUACAUAGCAAAGCUUCUGCCUCAGCUGAAGGCGCGCGUCCGCAAGAACGUUUGCAAGCGCAAGCGCUCGCUACUGGCGACUGAGCCUAUAAAACGGGGUAAUACCCGUAGGUAG